UUCUUUCUCUAUUUAAAAAUCGAAGUGACAUACCUCAAGGAAAAAAAAAAAUGGCUGACUAUGGCACUACUAUCUCUCUAUCAAGAGAGCUUUCUCACACCUCCGAUGACUCUUCCUCCGACCACAGUCCCCGGAGCGUGCCCACAGCACUCUCCACACCUCCAUCAUCCUCCUCCAAACGACGAACCCCUAACAAGCCCUCGCCCGACAAUCACCAAUGCAUUCGAUCGAUGCUGGAGGUUCAGAGAAAGCCUAGAGGCAGACCUCCUGGCUCCAAGAACAAGCCUAAGCCACCCAUUAUCAUCACCAAAGACAGUGAAUCCGCCAUGAAGCCAGCUAUCCUCGAGAUCUCCGCUGGCUCCGAUAUCAUCGACUCCAUCAUCAGCUUCGCGCGUAGGAACCACUCUGGUAUCAGUAUCAUGAGUGCCACUGGCUCGGUCUCCAAUGUCACGCUCCGCCAGCCAAUCCCUCACGCACCAUCUCUCUCUUUACAUGGACCCUUUAACUUGCUUGCACUAUCGGGCUCGUUUCUUGGUUCCCUUGCACCAAAACAGUGCUCUUCUUCUGGUUCUAGCUCUUUGCAUUCUUCUUCUUGUUUUGGGAUAACUCUUGCAGGGGCACAAGGACAGGUAUUCGGAGGAAUUAUCGCCGGGAAGGUGUUAGCUGCAAGUCUGGUGGUGGUAGUUGCCGCCACUUUCUUGAACCCUACGUUUCACAGGCUGCCAAUCAGUGAUAAUGAUGAGGCUGUGGAGACUAAGCCUAGUGUUGGUGGCCCUGCAAAUGAGUCUUGUAUUAGUACUGGCAUGUCCAUGGCUGUUCAUGGUGUGGCCAACCCAACCCCAAUCAAUUGCCAGAUGUCUCCUGAUGUUAUGCAUUGGGGUCCUCCUCGGCCUCAUUACUAAGAAAAGUGAUCAAUAAAGUAGCCAAAGAUUUUAGAUGCAAAUUUGAUUUAAUUGGACAGUCCUCCUUUAGUUUUCGGAUUUGCAUUGUCUAGAACUUGAGAAAUUUUAUAAUUGCUCCUAGAACUGCAGGGAACUAUUUUGGUUUGCAUAUCUUAAUGUUUUUAUCCAAAUAACUCAUUUAUGUAUUCUUUGGACAGCCUCUGUUUGGGGGUUUUGUUUCUUGUUUCUGA